AUGUAUGAAAUGUUCUCAAGCGGUCCGGCGAAUACCAGUGGUAAUGGUGUGGGGAAAGGCAGCGGUAUAGGAGCUGGAAUGGGAGGUGGUGUGGGAUCGGGAAUUGUUGGCGGUAUGGGAACAGGAAUGGGAGGUGGUAUGGGAUCGGGAAUGGGCGGCGGUAUUGGAGCGGGAAGGAGAGAUGGUAUGGACGCGAGAAUGGAUGGCGGUGUCGGAGCGAGAAUUGUUGGCGGCAUAGGAGCGGAACUGGGCGGUGGAAUAGGAAAAGUAAUGGGAGGUGGUUUUGGAUCGGGAAUGGGCUUCGGUAUGGGAGCGGAAAUGGGCGGCGAUAUGAGAGCGGGAAUUGUUGGCGGUAUGGGAAAAGGAAUAGGAGGUGGUAUGGGAGCGGGAAUGGGCGGCGGUAUGGGAGAGGGAAUGGGCGGCGGUAAGGGCGGCGGUAUGGGAGCGGGAAGGGAAGGAAGUUUGGGAGCUGGUAUGGGGGCGGGAAUGGGCGGCGGUAUGGGAACAGGAAUGGGAGGUGGUUUGGGAACGGGAAUGGGCGCCAGUAUGGGAGCGGGAAUGGGCGGCGGUAUGGAAGCGGGAAUGGGCAGCGGUAUGGGAACAGGAAUGGGCGGCGGUAUGGGAACAGAAAUGGGAGCGGGAAUGGAAUCUGGUAUUGGAACGGAAAUGGGCGGCAGUAUUGAAGCGGGAAUAAGAGAUGGUAUGGAAGUGGGAAUUAGUGGCGGUGUCGGAGCGAGAUUGGGCGGCGGCAUAGGGGCUGGAAUACGGACUGGUUUUAGGGCAGGAAUGUCCAGCGUUAUGAGAGCGGAAAUGGGCGGUAUCAUGGGAGGCGGUAUACCAAUUGGAAACGGGAUGAGCAUGGGACGAGCGGGUGGUAUUGCGGCGGGCGGCAUUGGAGCAGGUAUGACCACAGCCGAUUUGGCAUUGGAUGGAUUAGGCGUCGGUAUGACUAGUGGCGGAAAGACCAUUGGUGGUUUAAGCGUCAUGACUAAAAUGCCCAUUUCGAUUGGCACAACUCGCAAAGGACUUCACAGUGGACAUGCUGCUGGAAGACAUGGUGGAUUUGGCUCCCUGUUUGCUUGUCGAUUCAUGCACGUCAGGCCAAAGUUCUGCUCCGGGCCAAAAUUAGUUGAAGAAAAAGAUGAAGAAAACGAAGAAAAAAAUUAA